AUUUACACCCGUUACCAGGCAGCGAGACGCCGCACGACGGUAAAACUGAAUACAGAUUUAAUACGUUUAAUUACUUCUUCUGUGGAUUAAUUCUGAAAUCUCUAAAGGUUUCCCCUUGUCUUUAGCGCAGAAUAAUGUUUAUUUCCUGCAUCGAGCGACUACAGUCUGCCGUUAGUAAGAGAUGUACUUUAUUGAAGGCUAUGCAGUUUAUUCCUCCAUUAUAAGUGUUUUAUUAAGGAACCGCUUUAUCCAGGAGCUCCUGCGAGGUCUGCACUCCUGAUCUGAGAUGUUCUAGGAGGACUUCUGACGCCAGUAAAUGUCGAGAGCAAAAUGUCAUCGCCCGGUGAUGUACGAGAGAAAAUAAGGAAGAAGAGGAGAGAACUGCAGGAGUCUUUAGGAAGAGUCAGAGAUGAUAAACAGGAGAUGGCAGGUGGAGAAGAGGACCCUGGUGAGACACUCAGACGCUCAAUGAUGGCCAAGAGAAUGAAGAAAAAGAAGAAGCUGCUGAAGGAGAGUGCGGUGGAGUGUAUUCCUGAUGAUGAGGAGCUGACAGCAGUGCAGGACAUCAGAGGAGCAGACGGACAGCGCACUGAAACUCCAGCAGACAAAUCGCCCACAGAUGUGCCUUCUCUUGCUGUGAUGCGGCCUGGAUCCAGCCAAUCAGAGAAGACUAUGAGACAGCGCAUGACGGAGAAGCUCAGAGCAGCGAAGUCUAAAGCUGCUAGUCUUCUAGAGCAGGAAAGCAGCAUUGAGCCUGUAAGUCGCCUGCAGAGUCUACAAGACCGAGACACCCUCACUAGAUUCGACAGAGACAUGGAUCCAGAUCUGCGGGCUGAUGAAGACUCCUCUUUUACUGCCAGGCUGAAGUUUCGUGAUGCGGCCAGACGUGCGGUCAAAGACAAGCGGGCUGAGGCUGGUUUGCCGACCGCUGAAGAGGCCUACAACUUCUUCACCUUCAACUUCGACCCGGAGCCUGAACGGCAGCGCCGGCGGAAGAAAAGACGCUCCAGGAGAAGAGAAGCAGAGGGGGAAGAAGAAGGGUUAGACUCAAAAGGAGAAGAAGAAGGGGAGGAUGAAGAAGGAGAAGAACUGGAGAAACAGAAUGAAGGAGAGGAAGAGUCUGAAGCCAGGGAUGAAGAUGACCCAUUGGUCGGAGAUGAGGAGGAUUUGUUCAUCAUCGACCAAUCAGCACAGGAUUUCCUGGAAGUGAGGCGAGCGGAGUAUGUUGACUACAGCAGGCGACUGCAGAGGGAGCGAGACGCGCUGUUUGUUCCCAGCAUGAGGCCAGUGCCAGCCUCCAGUAAACUGGGGGAGAACACACGUCCACGUUUCCUGGAGGAGGAGGGUCUGUAUGUGGGCGAGAGGCCGCACGUCUGCCUGACCAAUCUCAACAUAUUGGAAAACCGAAUACUGAAGCAGGCCGAGGGAAGGAAGUGGUUUGGAGAUGAUGGGCGGAUUGUGGCUCUGCCUGACCCAAUCAAAGAGUCUUCCUCCAGACCGCCUCUCUUCCACCUGGAGGACCAGCUGGACCCAGCGCUGCAGACCAUCUACAGAAAGGCUCUGAAGUCAAAGCAUGUGAACCUCUAUAUUGCUGGAAUGGGGGAUCCUCAGGCAGACUACCAGCUGGAUGUAGAUGUGUCUGGCCUCAUCUUCUCCCAUCAUCCUCUGUUCAGCCGUGAACAUGUUCUGGGAGCCCGUCUCGCUCAGCUGUAUGACCAACACCUGACCAGACAACACAAGAACCUGACACAGCUCCUGACUGACAAGUUGAACAGCAUGAGGAACACGAUUCAUAACAUGCUGGAGCUGCACAGAGGAGAGGCUCUGAGUCAGGUGUCCCAGCAGAGGAUAGCGGAGUACAAACAGGAAGUGAGACACACUCGUCAGUUGCGUGAUGUGGAGCAGGAGAAGGAUAGAGCUCUCCUCAAAAACAUCAUCAGACUGUGGAAGGAGCUGAAAGCGCUGAGAGACUUCCAGAGAUUCACCAACACACCUUACAAACUCUUCAUCAGGAGGGAAAAAGUGGAGAGACAGCAGGACGAGCAGGAGUUUGAGAGUGACAUCAUGGCGGAGGUGUCGGAGCUGCAGGCAGAGACGGAGGAGGGAUAUCAGAGGAAGAUGAAUGAAUACAGGAGACUACAUGAGGAAUGGAAAUCCUGGAAGAGAAAACAGAAAGCUUUGAAGAAAAAGCAGAAAAAGAAAAAACAGGAGGAGGAAGAGGAGGAUGAAGUAAGCGAGGAAGAGCUGGGUGAGGAACCAGAGAAGCCCAACCCUCCAGAGAAACCAGACAUGAGCAUCCUGGAAGAACAAGUGCGAGAGAAGGCUGCUAGGAUCCGCAGGAACCCUGGAGAACCUGUUCUGAUUCCUGAACUUACCGUCUCUGGGUCCAUUACAGCCAAUGAGCAGUGUCCCCGAGCCGAGUUUGCUCGUAGAGAGGAUGUGGCCAAACGAUCACUCUUCAUCAAAGUCCUGUACAACGAUAAAGAAGUUUCAAGAACAGACAGUCGAACCCUCAACAUGGACUUCAGAGUUCACUUUGGCCAGAUUUUCAACCUGAAGAUUGUGAACUGGCCAGAAAGCAUCAAACUGCAGGUGUUUGAGAGCGUGGGCUCAUCCUCCACCCAGCUGACUGAAGUGUGUGUGCCGAUUCCCGAAUCUUCUGUCCUGACCGGCAGCGCACCGUCAGAAGAGAUGGAGUUCAGCAGCAACCAGAGAGUCACAUUUAAUCACGAGGGGGUCGGCAGUGGCGUCCCAUUCUCUUUCGAGGCUGACGGCACAAACCCCCAGACCCUGCUGACGUCAGGGAAGCUCUCCUGCUGCGUGUCAUGGGCUGUAGGGGAGGAUGACGUCCCGCUCGCUCCCCCGUCCGCUCAGCCUGGAGGAGCCAUGCACAGUGGUCUCAGGCAGAUGGACGCCAUCGCUUGCAUCGGGGCGUCUGGUUUAAACGACAUGAAGAAAUUGGGCAAGUGGGCAGCGGAGUCUCGCCUCGACCCCAACGACCCCAGUAAUGCUUCCAUCAUGCAGCUGCUCUCGGUGGUGAGUGGUGGAGACAUGGCGGUGCCCGAAUACUUCCGUCUGGAGCAGCUUCAGGAGGAGUUUAAUUUCCUGAGCGAAGAGGAGCUUCAGCGCUCGCGUCGCUACCGCCUGCUGAGACUGCGCAGUCAGGAGGUGCAGGAGUUCAGGCACUUUAAAUGCGUCCCGUCCACAGACAGAGAGAUAUCCGAGAAAGUGUUCCAGGAUUAUGAGAACAGACUAAAGGAGGGAGAGAUCGUCGAUACUAAAGAGCACAUCGAUGCACAUCGAGCUCUCGUGGCCAAGUAUCUCCAAAGAGUGCGGGAGUCGGUCAUCAACCGUUUCCUCAUAGCCAAGCAUCAUUUCAUCCUGUCUGAUGUGAUUUCAGAGGACGAGGUUCCCAGCAUCGGGGUGCUGGGUUGGAACCUGUUCAAGCUGGCAGAGCCCAAACGGCCCCUGAAGCCCCGCAGGAAGGAGAGGAAGAAAGUGACAGCGCAGAACCUCUCAGACGGAGAUAUUAAACUCCUGGUGAACAUCAUCAGAGGAUAUGACAUCCCUGUGCGCAGGCCUUACACCGGCAAAGCGCCUGUGUUGGCUAAAUCUGGGCGAUCAUUCACAGAGACGUUUACUGCUCCUGUGUCUCAAACCGCUCAGCAGGGCAGUGAGUGGCCCUUUGCACAGCCUCUGAUCAGGCCGUUUGUGGAGGUGUCUUUCCAGCGUUCAGUUCUCCAGACGUCCACCGCUGAGGGUCCAAACCCCUGCUGGAAUGAGGAGAUUGUUCUGCCAUUCAGUGCUCCUAAUGGAGACUACAGCUCCACCAGCCUGCAGUCGGUCAGAGACGAGGUCUUCAUCAACAUCUUUGACGAGCUGCUCUAUGACGUAGUGGAGGACGAGAGGGAGAGAGGAAACACCAUCCACACUCGCAUCGAGCGCCACUGGCUCGGCUCCAUCAACAUCCCCUUCAGCACCAUCUACCUGCAGUCACGGAUUGACGGGACGUUUAAGGUGUGCACUCCUCCAGUGCUGCUGGGAUACAGUAAAGAGCGCAGUCUGGGCAGCGAAGGUGGAUAUGAUGCCGUCCGCAGCCCCAGUGAAGGCAGUUUCCUCAGCCUCUUCAUCACCAUUGAGCCGCAGCUCGUGCCUGGAGACACGGUCAGAGAGAAGUUUGAUUCUCAGGAAGUUGAGCGUGUGUUAUUGGCCAGUGAAGUGUUUGAGAAGGAUGCGAGUCGGCGGUUCUCAGACCGGCCCUGCAUCACCACCGUCAUCGACAUCAAUGGCAAAACGGUGUUCGUCACGCGCUUCAUUCGCCCUCUGAACCCUCCGCAGGAGCUGCUGGACGCUUCCCCUAACGGCACACAGGACAGCACGGAGUUAGUGGCGCGGUACGUCUCGCUCAUCCCUUCUCUUCCAGACAGUGUGUCUUUUGCUGGAGUUUGUGACCUGUGGAGCACAUGUGACCAAUUUUUGACAUUGCUUGCUGGAGAUGAGGAGGAACAUGCCGUGCUGCUCUGUAACUACUUUCUGUCAAUGGGGAAAAGGGCGUGGCUUAUUAUCGGCUCUGCCAUUCCUGAGGGCCCUACAGCGUAUGUUUUGACGUAUGAGCAGAGCCGCUAUGUGAUCUGGAACGCCAGCACCGGCCAGCAUUACGGACAGUACGACGUUUUCUGUCCUCUACAGACCAUCGGCUGCCUGAUCAACGCAGAUAACGUGUGGUUUAAUAUCCAGCCGUAUGCUGCACCGGUGAGAAUGAGUUUCGACAUCUCCAAGCCAAACCUCUGGAAACCGUUUUUCUCGCGAGCGUUUCCUGAUCCCGGCCUCUCGAGCGUUCAGCCGGACGCGCUAGUGUACAGACGGACCGACAGAACAGCUGCUGUUGAGUUACAAGACAGGAUCGAGAAGGUUUUGCGGGAGAAGCUGAUGGAGUGGCGUCCUCGUCACCCCACGCGCUGGAACAGAUACUGCAUCUCUACUUUACGCCAGUUUCUGCCCAAACUAGAGCUGAGCGGAGGACGAGAGGUGGCAGAGGAGCAUCGCCUCGAGCUGCAGAGCCUAUUGGGAGAAUACAGGAUAUCUGGGUUUCCGCUGCACCUUCCUUUCUCAGAGCUUCGUCCGAUCAUUGAAGCAGUUCACAGCACAGGGGUCCACAAAGUUGAAUCCCCAAAUGUCGAGUUUGCUCUGGCUGUGUAUGUUCACCCGUACCCCAGUAAUGUGCUCUCCGUUUGGGUCUACAUCGCCUCUCUGGUCAGUGCGUACUAGAUCUGAACACAUAUUUUUUAUAGAAAUUUGUGAUUAGGCCGUGUUGCUGGGCCUGGCGGUGUGUUUUAGCAGCUCUAUUACUAGAUUUUUAAUUUAUUUUUAAAGGAAUUGUGUCUAUAAUGUUAAAUCUGGGUGUAUGAAUAUAACAUUUUCUACCCUUUUUAAUCCAUUUUACAUGGCUGUACUUAAAUGAGAUAUAUGAAAUAGUUUUGAACCGUGUUUUA